AUGCCAUCAUUUUCAUACAUCACUGCUGCUACAUUGGCACUUGCUAUCAUCAACACCUCACACGCUGCUAACUUGGGUGGAUUAGACGGUGUUCAACAGUCCACGGAUGUAACAACCACUACUACUGGUGCUGAGACUAAGGCAGCAACAACUGCCACAUCUGCAACAGUUCAGACCCAACAGUCACAACAAACUCAACAAACACAACAGUCACAACAAACACAACAGUCACAACAAACUCAACAGUCACAACAAACUCAACAGUCACAACAAACUCAACAAACACAACAAUCACAACAAACACAACAAACCCAGCAACAAAGUCAAGCUUCACAACCAUCUGCUCAAUCAAUCAAUCUCUUAUCUGCAUCACAAACAGCAGUCUCCCAACAUACACAAAGCAAUCUUGUUGGUACAGAGAUUAGCUCUACUGCUUCGGCCCAAUCCACUGCUUCAGAUGCUUCUCAGACUGCUUCAUACAAUCAAUGGGGAUUUACUGGUUCACAAUCAGUAUGGCUGGCCAAUACUUUGACUACUUCAGGUGUCUCUGGAAGCGAUAGUGCUAGCUCGGGAUCAAGUGCUUCAUCUGGUUCGGAAUCUGGAUCUUCUGACUCCAGUCUGGAAUCAACCACCCACUCUGUUAAUAGCACCUCUAGCGCUAACAGAGUAAUGGGACUGGUGGGCGAAAAGAGCUUGUUCUGGAAACAAACAGCAUUGGUUGGCGGUGUUGUGUGUGUGAGUGUUUUCUUUAACGUGUUAUAG